GUGAGGCUCUGGCAACACUGCGAGGCGUCCAUUUCCCUCUUGACUGAGAACGAGUGGAGAAGUUUUCAUAAUUUUCGUGAUUACUCGCCCCAGAGAAAGUGAUUCGUCGUGUCCUGCCAGUGUGAAGUGAAGUGACUGGCAUGAGGAGAGAGAGGAUGGUGGCCUGAGAGACAGACAGACACACAGACAGAGACAGACAGACAGCCAUGGCAGCAGACAGCAUGGAACAACAGCUGAGAUUUCGCUGGAAUGACCACAUGCAACACUUGUCUAAGGUCCUGACACUUCAAAGGCUCCAGGAACAGUACUGUGACAUCACCCUGGUCUCCGAGGAUGGCUACCUCACCAAGGCUCACCAGGCGGUUCUUGCAUCCACGUCCACCUACUUUGAGAGGGUGCUGGGUGACAUCCGGCCAGAGCAACACCCCAUGGUAGUGCUGCGAGGGGCUAACCUGCAGGAGCUGACAUGCCUCUUGGACUACAUGUACCAGGGGAAGACGCAGGUGGACCAGAGCCUGAUAGAGUCCGUGCUGGAGGUGGCGGACUUGCUCGGGGUCAAAGGACUGUCUGGCAUCCGCUCGAACCCGGCCAUACAGAAAUUCAUGUCACCCGCACCCACACCCACACCCACAGCACCACCCAACCCCAGUGUGCCAUCCGACGGGGUACAGGGGGACCUCACGCCACCCCCUGCCCCCCUUGCCCCUUCUGCCCCCCCUGCCAAGGAUGGUGACCCGCCUCAGAUGUCUGGGAUUGACCUCUCCAUGGCAAAGAACGAACCCAGGUCACCCAAGGACACGGCAGGGGUCAUGUCCGCUCUCCCGCCCCCCGCCACCCCCAGGGAAACGGGUCCUGUGGCUGUUGAGGCCUUAGCACCGCCCCCGCCAACCCCCUCGUCCUUGCCGCCGCCGCCGCCGCCACACUCAACGGCAUCGUGUAGGAAGAGGAGGCGGCUGCAGGACAGCCCCAGCUCAGAGGACAACCUGGACUCCACGUCAGACCCAGAUUGGGGGCGCAUCAGUUCUCAGGUGGAGGAGGCGCCCCGCCCCACCGCCGACACCCAGCCCCGCACCAUCACCCUCACCGCCAUCUCCACUACUGCUGCUGCCGCCCCAGGGGCGGGGCCGCGGGUGGAGCGCAGCGUGGAGGUGCCGUGCGAGGCGGGGCCACUGACCAUCAGCCUCACCACCGGGACGGAGGCUCCCCCGGGGGGCCGCCACACUCCUGUCCGCCGCCCCCUGCUGCCCUCUGCCUCCCCCUCCCUCCCCGCCGCGGCCCCGGCGCUGCGGCGGGCCAAGCGGCGGCUCAGGGCGCGGCGCAAUGAGGACGGCCGCCGGCGCUGGCUGGCACGGGAGCGCCGCGCCCUGCUGGGCUCCGAGGCUGGCGGCACCCUGGGGGGGCGGCCAGUCACCAGGACCCUGCGGCGGCGGGGGGCGGCGCCCCGGGCACAGACUGGUGGAGACGGUGAUGCCGGCAGUGGUGGUGGCGGUGUUGUCCAGGCAGACUACUCCCCCGGGGCGGGGCAGGCCGCUGCCCCAGACCACCUGCACUACUACCACCACCACACACAGCAGCAGCAGCACCAGCAGCAGCAACAACAACAACAACUUCAACAGCAACAACAACAACAACUGCAGCAACAAGAACAGCAGCUUCAGCAUCUUCACCAGCAGCAGCAGCAGCAGCUCCACCUCCAGCAGCAGCCCCAGGUGCCGCAGCCCCUCCACUCCGGGCCGCAGCAGCAGCAGCAGGUUGGUGGUGGUGGUGGCGGCGUGGUGGAAGUGGAGUAUGAGGGGGAGCCUGAAGGUGAGGUGGAGCCAGACGUGGAGGGCUUCCCGGCCGUGUCGCCGCUGUCGCUGUUCUCGCUGCCGCCGGCGGUGCCCCGCGCCAAGCAGCGGCGCACCAGCCUGACGCUGGAGCAGAAGGUGCAGGUGGUGGAGGCCUUCCUGGCGGGCAAGAGCCAGCGCCAGAUCGCCGGCCUGUACGGCACCGGCAAGACGCAGGUCAGUGGCAUCAUCCGCCGCCGCGAGGAGGUGCUGGAGGCCUACCGCGACUCCGUCCUGCGCGGUGACCGGAUGACGGCGCAGCGGCGGCGGCGGCGCGGCGGCUACGCACGGCUCAACCAGCACCUCAUCCAGUGGUACCGGCACGCGGCGGGGCAGGGCGGGGCGCGGGUCACUGCCGGCAUGCUGCGCGCCAAGGCCCUGCAGCUGGCACCACAGCUGGGCUACCACGACUUCAAGGCCUCCAACGGCUGGCUGGCCACCUUCAAGGCCAACCACAGCCUCAAGUUCUCCCGCCCCGGCCGCGCCGCCCCCACCCACCUGCCCUCCGGCCCGCCCACCACCACCACCGCCGCCGCCACACAGCACCACGACACUGACGACGACAACCUGGCGGGGCCGGCACAGCGCAGGGUCCCCCCGCCCCCCCCCACGGCCUUUGUGGAGGAGGGGGAGGCCGAGGGGUCCUGCAGUGGCCCCGCCCCGCCACACCCUGACCACGAGGAGGACCUGGGUCCCACCAGACAGACCCUGGACCCCUGCGAGUCCCCGGUGGACCCCAGCGACCCUGCGGGGCUGCUGCACCCGGGGCUGGUUGGGGCGGGGCUGGCCAAGCCUCCCCAGAUGGUCAACGCCCUCGGGGCCAACCUGUCUGCAGCAUACAACUUGUCCCGUGACCUGGGGCGUGACCUGGGGCGGGGCGAGGCAGGGCCCGGUGACCUGAGUGCCGCCAUGACGGCCAGCCCCCUGGGGCACCCCGCGGUGGCCCUGGCAGCGGGGCGUGGUGUGGAGGGACCCCCGGCUAAGGUCCCCGAGGGCCCCUUGGUGGCCUACAAGUCCGAGGAGCCGCUGCCCUACGCCUACGACCCCCAGAACAGGAUGGCCGAGGCCGCCCCGCCCCGCCCCGCCGAGUACAACUACGCCCCCUACGGCUUCCCCGGCAGCUACUACGGCUACCACUUCCUGGGCCAGUACUGAGGCCCCCCCCGGUGCUGUGCUCUCUCUCUCUCUCUCUCUCUCUCUCUCUCUCUCUCUCUCUCUCCCAGUAGUCCUUGCUUACACACACACUUGAUAUAUUUGUGUAAUGAGGUAAAAAAUGUGAAAAUAAAUCUGAUCUUUCACGUC